AUGUCUGAUGACAAGAAGCCCAGCGGGGGAGAAGCCACAUCUAAUGGCAUUAAAAAACACCGAACAAGUUUACCAUCACCGAUGUUUUCCAGAAAUGAUUUUAGUAUUUGGAGUAUUUUAAGAAAAUGCAUUGGAAUGGAAUUAUCAAAAAUCACAAUGCCUGUUAUAUUUAAUGAGCCGCUGAGCUUUCUACAACGCCUCUCAGAAUACAUGGAGCACACAUACCUCAUUCAUAAAGCAAACCUCUGCUCUGACCAUGUGGAUCGAAUGCAGUGUGUUGCUGCCUUUGCAGUUUCAGCAGUUGCAUCACAAUGGGAACGCACAGGGAAACCUUUCAAUCCUCUCCUCGGGGAAACGUACGAGUUAGUACGGGAGGAUCUUGGCUUUAGAUUAAUUUCUGAACAAGUCAGCCACCACCCACCAAUUAGCGCUUUCCAUGCUGAAGGCCUUAGCAAUGACUUUGUUUUUCAUGGAUCAAUAUAUCCUAAACUCAAGUUCUGGGGAAAGAGUGUUGAAGCAGAACCCAAAGGAAUAAUCACAUUGGAACUUCUCAAGCACAAUGAAUCCUAUACCUGGACAAACCCAACUUGCUGUGUACAUAAUAUCAUUGUUGGCAAACUGUGGAUUGAGCAGUAUGGUAAUAUGGAAAUCACUAAUCACAAAACUGGUGAUAAGUGCAUUUUAAAUUUUAAACCUUGUGGUCUGUUUGGGAAAGAAUUGCACAAAGUGGAAGGAUACAUCCAAGAUAAAAGUAAAAAGAAGCUGUGCGCUCUCUAUGGAAAGUGGACAGAGUGUCUCUUUUGUAUUGAUCCAGCUACAUUUGACACGUUUAAAAAAAACGACAAGAAAUAUGGUGAAGAAAAGAAAAAUUUGACCAAGACUGCAAGUGCAGAGGAGCCUGAUGAAAUGCCACUACCAGAUUCUGAGAGUGUACAGGUUAUUCCAGGGAGCACUUUGUUGUGGCGAAUAGCACCUCGACCCCCCAACUCUACACAGAUGUACAACUUCACUCUCUUUGCUAUGGCCUUGAAUGAGACAGAAAAGGGCAUGGAAAGCAUCAUUCCAAAGACAGACUGCAGACUACGGCCUGAUAUUAGUGCAAUGGAAAAUGGGGAUAUAGGUAAAUGCUUAACAAAACAGUACUGCAAGUGAGGAAAACUGGAAAACAAGGUAAGAAUCGUUCCAGUCUGAUAAGACUGGAAAACCAGGUGGUUCCACCAAGGCCCUAACCCCUACAACAACGCACAGGACUGGCUGUAUUCUGGAAAGUACUGGGACAGGAACUAUACAAGCCUCCCAGACAUCUAUUGA